GCCCGCCCGCCGCGCCGCCCGCCUGAGCCGCGGGGCUUCCUGAGGGAGCGGCGGCGGCGGACCCCAGCGCAGCCAUGUGAUGCCGGAGGAGCGCGGUGGCGAUGAUAUGGAAUGUGGGCAGCUGCCUUCGGACACGCUCCGACAGGUGACGGUCCAGCGCCACCCCCUCUACGGAUUCGGCUUUGUGGCUGGCAGCGAGAGGCCGGUGGUGGUGCGGUCGGUGGCAGCAGGCGGCCCCUCUGAGGAUAAACUCCUGCCAGGAGACCAGAUCUUGGCCAUCAACGAUGAGGAUGUGAGUGAAGCCCCCAGAGAGAGAUUCAUCGAGCUUGUCAGGAAGGCCAAGGACUUCAUCAUCCUCACGGUCCUGCACACCCACCAGUCUCCCAAAUCUGCUUUCAUCAGCGCAGCCAAGAAGGCGAAGCUAAGGUCCAACCCCGCAAAAGUCCGAUUUUCAGAGCAGGUGACAGUCGGCGAGACAGACCCAGACAUGUUGAAGAAAGAAGCUCUCCUCCUCAUUCCCAAUGUGCUGAAGGUUUUCCUGGAGAAUGGGCAGAUCAAAUCCUUCACCUUUGACGGCCGGACCACUGUGAAGGACGUGAUGGUGACGUUGCAGGACCGCCUGUCGCUGAGGCACAUCGAGCACUUUGCCCUGGUCCUGGAGUAUUCCAGCCCGGAGCAGAGCCACCGCUUCCUGCUGCUCCAGGACAAGCAGCCACUGGCCCACGUUGUGCAGAGGACACACUACCAUGGCAUGAGAUGCCUCUUCCGUGUGAGCUUCUUCCCCAAGGACCCAGUGGAGCUGCUGCGCCGGGAUCCUGCAGCAUUCGAGUACCUGUACAUCCAGAGCCGCAACGAUGUGAUCAGAGAGCGCUUCGGCACAGACCCCAAGCCAGAGAUGCUGCUGGGGCUGGCUGCCCUCCACAUCUACAUCACUGUCUCAGCCACCCGCCCCAGCCAGAAGGUCUCCCUCAAGAAUGUGGAGAAGGAGUGGGGCCUGGAGCCCUUCCUGCCCCCCUCGCUCCUGCAGCUCAUCAAAGAGAAGAGCCUCCGGAAAUCCCUCUCGCAGCAGCUCAAAGCCCACCAGCACCAGCCUGGCGGCACCAAGGUCUCCACAGCCCAGGCAAAGCUGCAGUACCUGAGGAUCCUGAACGAGCUGCCGACCUUUGCUGGGGUCCUCUUCAACACAGUGGGGCUGGAUGAGAAGCAGCCAGCCACCACCCUUCUGGUGGGACCCCGGCACGGCAUCAGCCACGUCAUCGACCUGAAGACCAACCUCACCACGGUGCUGUCGGAGUUCAGCAAGGUCAGCAAGAUCCAGCUGUUCAGGGAGAACCAGGGGGUGGCCCGGGUGGAGACAAGCAUCCUGGAUGCCAAGCCGCUGGUGUUGCUGAUGGAGUGGCCUGAAGCCACCAACUUUGCCUGCCUCAUCGCGGGCUACUGUCGUCUUCUGGUGGACUCCAAGAAGAUGAUCCUGUCCAGGGCCCCCAACCAGCCACCCCCGCCUCAGAUUAUCAAGGCAGAUUACAUCAACGCACACAACUUCCACCGGCCUGCCGGGGCAGGGCACGUGGGAAAGAAAGAGAACGGGCUGGUGGGUGGCUCUGCCACUGUCACCGGAGCAGCCGGGGCUUCCGCCACCAGGGCUUCUGACUCGGAGCUCAUCCGCUUUUGCUACCUGCACAUGCGAGAGCAGAGGAAGGAAAGAGAGAGCGGCACGGAUAUCAAUGAAAACCUGAUUUUUUUUGAGGAAACUCGUCCCAGGACCAAAUCUGACCCCACUUCCAAAAGCUCUGGCCAAGGCUACAACGGGGCGGCCAACGAGUACGACCCGGAUGGCCUUGACCAAGACAGGCACGCGAGCAGGGCCAGGGCACACACCAUAGACACCCACCUGCGGAGCGACGCCUCGCACUUCUACUGCGAGUCCUGCCAAGCCAAAAUCAAGAGCCGGCUGGCCUCAUGCAUGGGGGGCAAGCCUGGCACCACCCGGGACAACAUGGUGGACUUGAUGUCGCUUCCCCCUCCCGGGAACGAUGAGGAAGAAGACGAGACAACGUCCCUGCUCCCCGCCAUCGCCGCCCCUCCUCCUGGCUUCCGAGACAACAGCUCCGACGAGGAUGACCCCAAGCGCCGGGCGGCAGCUGCCCAGAGCCAGGAGCAGGGCCGGCACCUCUGUGGCAUCCUCUACGACGAGAUCCCUGUCACGCUGAUAGACAGCGUGCAACCACGGACGGUCCGGGACCACGCCCAAGAGCUGGAUGAUGCCCUGGUGUCCACCCUGCAGGCACUGGAAGCCCUGGCUGCUUCAGAGGAUUGCCCGCAUCCCCCACCACAGCAGACAGCAGGUCUCAUUGUCCUGGCUGCCAUCACUCCCGAGUCCUCCUUGGACUCUGGCCAUGAGACGAACUCCUCAGAGCUCACCGAUGUCUCGGAGAUGGUCUCUGCUAUGAAGCAGCAUCAGAACGCAGCCUACUUCCUCACACAACACAUCAACAAAGAAAACCUCCUGGCCAGGAAGGAUUUGCCUUUCCGAAUCCAGAGCUGUGCUGCCCAGGCUGUUCUCACCUCACCCUACCCCCUGAGCCGCCAGGAGCCAAACCCUUCAGUGAAGCCAGCUUCCUCUCCCCAAAGUCCUGGCCUUACCAGCUGCAACAGCAAACAGGAGCAGCAACAUGCUGAGCAGAGCUACACCUCAGCUCUCCAGCCAGGUCUGACCCCCCAGCUCAAUGAGCAGAACAAGGGCGCUCCAGUGCCAAGCGCUGAAAGCAAAGGUGCAGGCCACACAAAAGCUGCCUUUGAGGUAUCUCUGCAUCCCACAGCAGCCCUGAGCAGGGAGCAGUCACAGGAUCUACAAGAGAAGGUGCCCAAAGAGGUGCAGCCAAGCUCCAAGCUCCUCCUGGAUCAAAAAAGCUGUGUAACUCCAGCCAUCAUUUCAGCUGCUCUGCAGCAAGUGGCAAAUGCAAAAGCCUCAGCUCCCCAAGUGGUGUCAGCCUUAAAAGAGGACCAGAAUGUGAAUGGUACCAGCAGCUGUGCAUUAGCCAGCAGCAAGCCUUUGACACUUAAAGGAGGUCCACAAACUGCAGAGACAUUAUGCAACUGUCAGCAGCAGCAGCAGCAGCAACUCUCUCAGCAGCAGCACUGUGAAGUCUCUCCAAGUCCUAAAGAAGCUCAUGGCAGUCAGGCUGAAGCUUUCCACCUUGCCUCAGCAGGUGAGGAAAUGACGUCCAGUAAGACUUUUGCCUCUAAAAGCUACCAGCAAAAAGUGAGUAAAGAUGUUCCAGGAAAAGCUGCAAGCGGAGAGACAGGGCAGAAGGCAGGUGGGGAAGCCACGAGCCUCGUCUUGCAGAAACACACAGCUCCUUCAAACCCAGGACAGAAAGUGCAACAGGAAAGUUCAGCCAAAAUCUUAAAAGCUGAGAGCAGCAAAGUGCACUCUCCAUCACCUGGUGGCAUUUUCAGGAGCACCAGUGAGGAAGCCAAAGGGCCAAUCCAGCUGAUGCCCAGAUCUGAGAGCCUGCAGAUUAGCACUGUGCCUUCUAAAAAAGUAGAAAAAGUGACCCAACAAGAUGCUGACGUCCCAGCUAAACCCAAAGCCCCAAAAGCUCCCUUCAGGUUCAGGAAGCUGUUCUCUGCAACGUUUCCGACCCGGCUGAAGAAGGAGACGGACGAGCGGCAGGCCCAGCUGCAGAAGGUGAAGCAGUACGAGCUGGAAUUCCUUGAAGAGCUGCUCAAGCCAAAGAGCAAAGGUGACCUCCCACCACAGGAGUAUCUGCACCCACCUGCCCCUGGGCGCUGCAGCUGCCAGCUAAGGAGCAGUCCUGUGCAAAAAGUCCCGGGGAUGUCCAGGGAGCAGAGGCGCAGCUGUGACUGCAAGAGGAUUUGCAGGGGAAUGAGGCCACCCCCGAAUCAGUUGGUGAUACCAGAACUGGAGAGGAGAGGGAGGGAUAAAGUUGCAGAUGACCAGAAGCAAGUAGAAGCCAUUAGGCUGACAAGCAUGAGCAGCCCUUCCAAAGGCAAACGGAUACGAUCCACAAGUUUAGAGUCCAGAGACUACCGGUCAGAUCCAGAGAACGGCGUGUCCUGUCUGGCAACGUGCACUUCCCCAGGGGAGUGCAUGGGAGCACCGCACUACAGAAAGCUCUUGCGUCGCUACAGUGUCAGUGAAAUAGAUAAGACUGAUAGGACGUCCUUGUCCUCUGACAUCUACCAGAACAUCUAUACGACCAAGCAGAAAGGCCCCCAGAAAGAGCCUGAGCCCAGCAUCAUCUGUCCUGUUCUGAAGAGCAAAAUCCUGGAAGCCUCUGGAGUGGCCGACCCCUCCUAUGUGCAGAUAGCACAGGAUAAAAAGAACCAGAAGGCUUCAGGAGUGUUCUCUGUCCAGGAGGAGAUGUACCCAAGUCCUGCUGAGCUGCGGGAUGAAGACACGGAGGAUGAGAAGUGCUGCUCCAUCCGGUACUGCUUCUACUACAGGAAAUGUGAUGUUGCAGAUGAUGGGAGUGAAAAGGAUGAGCUGUCCUAUUCCAUCCCCAUGCAGAUACUCCCGGGAAUGAAGCUGGACAAUCAGAUGGUCCCAGUCAUGAGCAGGACUCUCCAAGUCCUAGAUGCAACAGCCUGCAGCAAUCCCAAUGACAGUCAGACCCAGGAAAUAGAUUUAAGGACCUCCAGUUUCGAGGGGAGCUUGGCAAAGAUCAACACCCUUCGAGGCCACGCCUACAGCUUUCCCAACGGGUUUCUGCAAGUGCAGCUGGACACCAAUGAGCUCCUGACUAUCCUGAGGCAGUGUGUGCUGAGCCCUGAUGUCCGGGACUGCAAACCCUACAUCUCCCAGCUGGCUGAGUACAAGCAGGAGCUCGCCCUCAAGUUCAAGGAGUUUCGGGCGUCCUGCCGCCGCGUCGCAGCCGUGGACAAGAGCCCUUCUCACAUGCUCUCUGCCAUCACGAGCAGCUUCCAGGUGCUAAGCAGCCUCAUCGAGACCUUUGUGAGGCUGGUGUACGUCGUGCGCUCGGAGUCCCAGCGCCAAGAGCUGCUGACGAAGGUGGAGGAAGUGGUGAGAAACUACACCUUCCUCCUGAAGGCUGCGGAGGAGUCCACGGCCAGGAUGCUGAGCCACCAGCAGGCCGUGGAGCAGCUCGCCCGCCAGUCAGCCACGGUUGCCACUGUCAUGAGCACGCUGACACGCUCCCUAAAGACGCUGAUCAAUAAGUAAGCCAGCUGUGAAGACCAACAAGCCAGUGUGUGCCAGGCCAUGUGCUGACAGUUCUCCAGUCUCACGGGUCUGGUGAGGAUGCGUGUUUGCAGCCCCACAUCCACCGGAGUUCGCAGUAGCCAAGACACUCUUUGAUCUCUGCAGGAUGGAUGGUGGUGUUGGUGGUGGUUUUGAAGGGUGAAUUCGUGCCCUGUCACAAGCUGUGCAAACCAGCUCACUGGGGGCUCAAGCAGCUUCUUUGCUUGUUCUCCCGUGCCGGCGUUGUCAGUGAUGGUACCUGGGAGGCACAGCUGCCCCAUCUCCACACUAAUUUGGUUCCGUGGGGUUCUGGGCCUCACUGGUGCAAGGACCUUUGUCACAGUUUGUGGUGGGCCAGUGAGUUCCCAGGAGCUGAGCUGAAAUCUCCUGGCUUCACUUGGGUAGUGUGGAGCCAAACCAGUGUCUUGCCACGUAAACAGCUCUUCUGCCUCCAGGAUCUUCCUGACCCACAAAUACGACGUCAUUAGCAGCAGAAGGGAUCUACAGGGAUACAGCAGGGGUGAAAGUCCCUGCUGCUAUGCUAGGGCUUGGGAAGUAGUCCCAGCACGGGCAGGAUGCCAUGAUCCUGGGACAGAGCUAGGUCACCCUACUAGGCUCUACUGUCACAGCUUAGGCACCAGUGCUCUAGUCCUGAGCACAGGUACUGCCUGUGCAAAAGGCAUGGGCUUAAUGCCUGCAAGUAGGGAGGAUCCAGGGAACUACAGGCCUGUCAGUCUGACCUCGGUGCUGAGAAGGUCAUGCAGCAGAUAGUCCUGAGUGCCAUCACAUGGCAUGUACAGGACAACAUGGGGAUCAGGCCCAGCCAGCGUGGGUUUGUGAAAGGCAAGUGCUGCUUGACCAGCCUGGUCUCCUUUUAUGACAGGGAAGCUCAGUCAGUGGGUGAAGGAGAGGCUGUGGGUGUUGUGUACCUAGACUUUAGUAAAGCCUUUGACACUGUGUCCCACAGGAUUCUCCUGGAGAAACUGGCUGGAUGGCCGGGCCCAGGGGGUGGUGGGGAAUGGAGUUAAAUCCAGCUGGGACCAGUCAUUGGUGCUGUCCCAGGGUUCAGUGCUGGGGCCAGUCCUGUUUAACACCUUUAUCAAUGAUCUGGACGAGGGGAUUGAGGGCACCCUCAGUCAGUUUGCAGAUGACACCAGGUUGGGCAGGACUGUCGAUCUGCUGGAGGGCAGGAAGGUUCUGCAGAGGGGUCUGGACAGGCUGGAUCCAUGGGCUGAGGCCAGCUGGAUGAGGUUCAACCAGACCAAGAGUCAGGUCCUGCCCUUGGGUCACAACAACCCCCUGCAGCUCCAGGCUGGGGCAGAGUGGCUGGAAAGUGCCCUGGGGAAAGGAGCUGGGGGUGCUGGUCCACAGCACCUGAACAUGAGCCAGGGUGUGCCCAGGGGGGCAAGGAGGCCAAGGACACCUGGCCUGUGCCAGCAACAGUGUGGCAGCAGGACCAGGGCAGUGACUGUCCCCUGUGCUGGGCACUGGGGAGGCCCCUCGAAUCCUGGGGUCAGUUUUGGGCCCCUCACAGCAAGAAGGACAUUGAGGGGCUGGAGUGUGUCCAGAGAAGGAAACAGAGCUGGGGAAGGGACUGGAGCACAAGUGUGAUGAGGAGCAGCUGAGAGAGUUGGGAGUCCUUAGCCUGGAGAAAAGGAGGCUCAAGGGGGACCUUCUCACACUCUACAACUCCAUGGUUGUAGUCAGGUGGGGGUCGGGCUCUGCUCCCAGCAGCAAGUGACAGGACAAGAGGAAACGACCUCAAGUUGUGCCAGGGGAGGUUUAGAUUGGAUACUAGGAAAAAUUUCUUCACUGAAAGGGUGGUCAGGGUUUGGGACAGGCUGCCCAGGGAAGUAGUGGAAUCACCAUCUGUGGAGGUAUUUAAAAGAUGUGUAGUUGUGGCCCUUGGGUACAUGGUUUAGUGGUGGGCUUGGCAGUGCUGGGGGAACAGUUGGACUCAAUGAUCUUAGAGAUCUUUUCCAACCUAAACAAUUCUAUGUUCCCUUUCCUCUUCUGGAUGGCUGUAUCCAUGCUAGAGACCCUGCAAGGAAUCCAGACUGAUCUUUGACCAUUGCAAGCCAGAAGCUGGGCUAGCAGCUGAGAGGAAACCUCUUUCACACCAUUCCCUAGAGGUCAGGUUCUUGCCUCCAAGGCUCUGCCCGAACCCUCUCCUAUUUCCUUUCACCGUGACCAUUAGAGAGGAACCCUAGAUCAGCUUUGUCUGGGAGCCAGACAGGGGCUGUCCUCCUUGCCAGGGUGUUGGGGUUCUUUUCCUGUCUUCACCAGGCUGACUGCCAUAAGAAGCAUUAUUUAGUACUGUGUGAUGGUUAUUUGUUUGAAAUUGGGGUUUUUCGAUUGGGUUUGGUUUUGGGGUUUUUUUUUCCACUUGCAGGUGAAUGGUAAAAUGAUUCCUAAUUGCAUUCCUUCCCACCCCAAGGUUCCCCUCCUCCUCCUCCUCCCAGUCUAGCUACUAGAUAUAAUCAAUCAGACAGCCUUAAUUGGUGUUCCGCUGCAGUCACCUCCAAAACAGAGCAAGGAGAAAAAUGCAAGGUUACACAUUGCAUUGCCCUUACCCUGCCACCCACUGCACUUCCCGCCUGCACGGGGAGCGCGGGUCCCGCGUCUCCCCAUCCCACCCCCUCCGGCUGGAAAGGGAGGUCACGGCAUUGAUCAAACCCAGCCCGCUUGCCCCAGUGCUUGGGGAACGAUCAGGGAUCCCCGUAGGAUCAGUCGCUUCCCACCUCUGUCGUUUUUUACAAAUAUGCACAUUCGGAACGUCUCGUUCUUCCGCAGGAGCUGUGGGAAUGCACAAUGUGCUUUUAACACGCGCGUCCUCGGCCCAGUGCAAUAACCUCCCCUGGCCCGUGGCUGUCCUGGCCUUGGGCUGUCAGCAAGGCAGAGAGGAUCCUGCUGUGGGACAGCCUCCUGAUUUCAAGAACCAUGUAGCAAAUAUCCAGUGGAAGAGCCAACUGGGACGUCAGCCCGUGGUGUGCCAGGCCUGUUACAGUGCUGAAGGCUGACAGGGAGACGUGUUUUCCUUUUCCCUGGGAAUAACCUAUCAUGAAACUCUGAGUUUCUUCAAGCUCCCCGUUAUGCCUAUAUCAUUCCUCCAUAAAUCUCUCAGUCUAAUACAGAGGAAAAUUUUUUUAUCGUCUGUAUAUAUUAUAUAUAAAUUAAAAAAAAUAUAUAAAUUAUAUCUAUACACAAAAUUUAUGUCUUGUUUUACAAACAAGAAAGAUUAAAUAUAUUAAUCUUAAUAUCCAAA